UGAAAGAGUAACAAAAAAAGUGGCAAGAAAGCAAAAAGACUGUAAGAAAGUAUAAGAGAGAAGAAUGUUGACAUCUUUAAUUAAUUAAUAAUGUGUUUAAUUGGUGUAAUAAUAAAAUCAUGUGUUUUAAAUAACGUAGUAAGUUUGGCCAGGCUACAUAGUAGAAUGGCCUUUGAAACAAUUAAAGUGAUCAACUAAUGUUAACCUUAAUCAACUUUUAUUAACCUAUCACAACAAAAACAACACACACACAUAUACACGACUUACUACUAUUACUACCUAAACAACAACAACUUAUCAAUCAACUAUCCAUUUUUUUGCUUCUUCUUCUCUUAAUUAGUAUUAUUAUUUUUAAUUUGUUUGCUUGUUUAUUCUCUCCAUCGAUGUUCACGUUAAUUUAAAGUUACUCGGUUAUUCCUUGUAUUGGAUUAAACGUUUCAUCAAUUGGCCAUUGGAUUAAAGUAUAAUUGGAGAGACACUUUUUUCCUUUCUGCUUCAGCUUCUUCAUCAUAUAAAUAUAUUCAUUAAUAUUAUAUUUAUAUAUAUAUAUUAUACACACACUUAUACAUAUACAUUGAUAACAUACAAACUUAUUAUUUCAAGUCUGGUUUAGAGUCAAGCUUUAAAGUGGGAAAAGACCUUUUUUCUUACUCUUUGCUCGUGUACUCUUUUCUCUCUUUCUAUCAUUUGUUUCCCUUCUCCUUCUUUUCUGUUCACUAUUAUUAUUAAUAUUAUUAUUAUUAUUGUUUUGCUCUUUUUUCUUAAAUCUGUUUGUCCAACAACGUAACUGAUAAUCUUAUUGUUGAUAGUAUCAGCAUCACACACAUCUCCAUCUCCUUCAUCUCCAUCAUCAUCAUCAUCAUCACCAUCAUCAUCAUUUUAACGGUUUAUAUAUCCCUCUUUCAUUGUCAAUGGAUACAUUCUUAUUUCCUCAGCCUAUGGUUCUAUCUGGGCCAAUUGUGCAGUUGAUUCAAACACCUUCAGGAGCUACACAACUUGUAACUACAAGCUCUUCGCCAAAUAAUAACGCUGUUGGUGGAGGUAAUAAUGGUAACGGUGGCGGACAGCCUGUUGUCUCCGCUAGUUCAAAUAAGAACUCAUCUGUUAAUAGUUCCCGUUCAACGAAACAGAUAUUACCUAAACCUCCAGGUAAUGGAGCUAAUAGUCAAUCGGGUGGGUCAUCAAAGCACAAUUCUCAAGCCAAUAAUAAUGGAUCUGGAACAAAUAAUUCCACAGUUAAUAGUAAUAAUAACGGUGGAAACCAUGGAGCUCGUUCUUUGGUCACUAAUAUGCCUUCAAAUGUUAACUCAGUUGGAACUACGCUUACCACAGGACCUUUAUCAACAGGUCCUGGACAAACAACAAUAACACCACAGAUUCUUCUUGGUCCUCCAGGAAAUCAAAAAAUGAGCUUCAUCACCUCAAACCCACCCGGAACAUUUCUACUAAACCAAGUGAUUCCAGGCCUUGGAUCUCAACCUAUUUUGAUUCAAGGAAAUUUAAAUAAUAUCGGUGGACCUUUACAAUUGACGUUACGGCAACAACAGCCUCAAUCAGUAGUGACUGUUAGUAGUGCCAACGGUACUAGUGUUAGUGUUGCCUCAUCUCAAGGUUCGUCUACUCCUUUAAUAAGUACUUUAGCAGGGCAAACAUCAUCAUCUGUACAGCGAUCAACCCAUUCAACACCAACUUAUUUGUUCUCUAAUCAUGGGUCUACUAUGACUGGGACUACAGCACCAACUAUGGUUAUGUCUGGUCAACAUAACUUUCGAGGUCAAAAUAUAAUUUUCACCAGGCCUCCUAAUUUGAUUGGUCAAACAGGCUCUAUGGUUCAAGGUCCUGGAACAGGAGCACCCACCGCUAAUCAAGCCCAAACAGUUCCUCAAUUCAUUCAAAUUCAAACUGCUAACGGUCCAAUGUUGGUUGCCUUGCAAACAACUCCGACACUUGGGCCACCAAAUGGAGGAUCCCCAAUCAUUCAGACUCAUGUAACUCCAUCACCUCAAGCCGUUCCAAUUACAAGCACCAUCAUGCCCUUACAAUCUUCAGGUACUGUUGGUAAUCAAAAUGCUUCGAACCAUCCCACAUUGCACACUAUUUUACAAACAUCAUCAGCCGAAUCUUUAAACCAAUCAUCAUUAACACAACAAUCUGGUGCUCCUCUUUCAGCUAAUAGUAUAAUUUUUUCUCAAUCAGGUAAUGUGAUAACUUCUCAAUCAAUAACAACAAGUACUACGUUGACACCUCAUCAACAUCAGCAUCAACAACAUCAACACCAACACCAGCACCAUCCACAAACUCCUCAUAGCAGCUCGAUCAGAGGUAACUCAAAAGCUAGGAAAGAGCCGAAAGGUUUAAAUUUAGCUGAUUUAUUGAAAGAGACUGGUAUUUUACAAGACUCUUCUCCACCUCAAUCGCCUUCCUCAAUUACUAUUAGACAAACUUCAACUGAUGGAGAUUUGACCAAUAGCUUACUAUCACAAACUGAUAUUACACAGGCAAACUCACUUGGACCCGGAACAACACCGACAAUGUUAGACAAUUCUCAUGCCAACCAAGCACAACCAACAAUGUUGACGUUUCCUGAUCAAGGAUCGCAAGCAUCAAACAUUUUAAUAGCUCCUGGACAUGGUAUGACUCCGGGUACAACUCAUCAAUUGAGAUUAUCACUGGCUGCUGAUGGAAGUGUUAUCCUUCAACCUAACUUGGGACCCAGUGUUUCUACAGCCAACACAAUAUUAUCGAAUCCAUCCAAUUUAACAAACCAAACAGGAACAUCGACUCAGCUUAUCCAAGAUUUAGGGUCAACGUCUAUGGCUUCAAUAAGCAAUUCCAAGUUUAUUGAUACACUUAGAGAUUCUUGUGGACCAGGAUCAUCUCAACCAUCACCUGAUUCAACGACACCAACUUUGGAUGCGUCAACACCAACAUCAGCAUCAACCAUUUCAACAAUAUCGUUAACCAAUGUAAAAUCAAGUUCACCAGCUAUCACUACAAUUGCAUCAAGUCCUGUUCUGAGUCAUAAACAAACUUUAAUGCAACAUUUGAAUGCUGGGUCAACGAUGAAAGUUGGUGACAGUGUGACAUCAAUGACCAUUACACCUAUUAUGGGUCCAUCAUAUCGAGAUGAUUCAAAAUCAAGUUCACCAUUUAUUCCAUUGACAAUUACAAGCGAGUCAAUUCGAGAGUCAACUAAUCACAAAACAACGAUUAAACAAGAAUCAUCCUCUAAGUCUAUGAUGGACCAUUCUUCAAGUGAAUCCAAAACAGAAAUAGUCAGCGUUCCUUUGACCGAUAUGCUGAAUUCAAAUAAUCCUUGUAAUGUUUCAGUUACACCAAGUUCAUCAACAUCAACGUCAACUACAACUUUAACCAUGAGCAACUGUGAUAGUUUGGUACAAAACCCUUCAAUGCCGGUCCUUUUAACCAACGCAUCGUUAAUUAUACCCGAUAAUGAUGCAAGUACCAAUAAUAGUAACCAUAAACUUUCCAGUGGUCCAUCAGCACCAUCAAAUAAUCGAAGUCAUGUUUUAACACCAACCAAUACCAAUAAUUCAGCUUCGCCGUUAACAAAUUCCAUACCUAGUCUAAGUUCAGGUCAACAGAUGAGCUCGGUUUCAUCUUUAUCAUCUUCUGCAGCACCAACUCUUGUUGAUCAAAAUGGUUUCCAAUUUGUACAGAUUAGUUUAAAUAAUCAAGAAUUUAUCGAGAGACUGGAGGCUCAGAUAAAAAAUUUACGCGCCUUAAAAUCACCUAAAGAAGAUCAAAAGAAAUUGCUUCAAGAGUUACUCAGUCUACAAAAAAGAAUGUCCGAAGCCAAAAUUCAACCGCAAAGUUCAAUGUAUGGUGAGAGUAAAGUCAUAUUAACGAGUUUGAGUCAACCAAGUCAUACACCUGAGCUGCUCAUAACUCAACCUCAACAGUUACAACAAACUCAACAACAACCGCAACAAUUACAACGAAAACCCAUAUCAAGUCCCGGUCCACAAUCUUUACCUCAAGAAAUCCAAUCACAUCUACAGCAAAUGUUUUCGGAGUCCCAACAUGAAACUGAACAGCAUCACCAACAACAAACUCAACAUACUUCUAUGCCUUCAAUUUUACCAAAGACCGCACAUCUGCAGACCUCAUCACAAUUAAACCAACCCCAAUCACCUAAUCCGCAAUUCAAUAUCAUUAAGUUAAACAGUAGCACUAAUAGUAAUCAGCUUCAUCCAAAUCAACCGCAACUAGUGACAGCAACUCAACAACAGGCUCAAAACGUUAGAUUAAUAAAUCAAACUAAUGCCAAUAAUCUAGAUGGUAAUACUACAAUUCAGGUUGGAACUCAAUUGAUAACGAUUGCUGCUUCACCUGUUAAACCUUCAAUCCAAUCCUCUUUACAGACAACUUCACAUCAAAAGCAAUCAAGUGGAGGAUCAAAUGCAACUACAAUUCAAGUUGUACGGAUAGGAACACCGAAUACUUCCACUUCAAGUACAAAUUCAGUGAACAAAUAUUUUAAAGCACCAUUGGAAUCGCCACAAUUAGAAAGUGAAAAAACCAAAGCUAAAAUUUGUCGAUUUUUUCAACAACAAGCUGCUGCUGACCAAGCUGCCGCAACUAAACCCGAUACAAAAACACCUUUCAAAAGUCGAAGUGAUGCAUGUAAACGUUUAUUGCGUUACCAUGUUUUUAAUGCUCCAGUCCCAACUGAAGAGCAACUGUCCAAAGUUGAUCGAGAUUUCGAGGUGAUAUCUGAAAGUUUAUUAAAGAGGAAAAAUGAACUCUUCAAUAGAUUCCGUUAUAAUUUAUUGAAAUCUAAUAUGAUUGAAACGCCUAAAGCAGAGUACGUAAUGUUAAACAAAUUGUUCAUAAACGAUGAAAACAUUUCACUUCAAAGGGAUAAAGACUUAGUUGCUCAGGGGAAAGAGCUUGAAUUACCUCCGCCUCCUGAAAGUUGGAAAAAAAUCAUCAGAGACAGUCUCGAAGAAGAAGAACAACUAUCAAUUAAUCGCAAGAGAAAAUCUUCUGCGCUGGACGAAGAUUUUCUAGCUGAUUGUACCGAAAUUAAAAAAUAUGAUAUUGAAGAUCGUGAAUCUGGUGAUACAGAUGACGAUGAAGAUGAUAGUGAGGACGAGGAUGAUGAGGAAGAAAAUGCAGCUGAAGAUAUAGCCAAAUAUCUAGGUUCUAAUCAUCAUUCAGAAUCUGUGCCUGAUUUAGGAUAUUAUCCAGAUUUUAGUAAUAAUCCUGGAAUUGCCCUUCCAACUGAUGUAAAUUCACUAAACAAUCCAUAUACUCAAAGGAAUGGGACUCAAGAAAUGGCUUAUAAUAAUGAAGAAUGGAAGGGUACCAAUUUUGUGUCCAAUAAUCGUCGAAUCGAUGUUUGGAAUAACAGAUAUGAUAAUGAAAACGAUUUCGCCGUUUCAACUAUAUUAGAGGGAGGCGAAAAUGGAGAGUCAGCUGAUCAUGAGACUGAUCUGGAUUUAAGUUCAAUCCAAUUUCUCGACUUGGUGAAUUGUCACUGGUAACAGAUCAGACCAUUUACUUAACUUGACUAAAUUGUAAAGAUUUCUGAAACAAAAACGCAAUGAUGAAAAUUAGAACAUUUAAAUCAUAUAUAUAAAAAAAUCUAACAUAUAUAA